GCAGGUUCCGGGGCAGCGCCGUGUCCAGCCCCGCGCCCUGAAUACCUAUUCCGCUUAUGCAGGCGGUGGCGCUGGCGGCCGGGGCGCGGCGGCAGCUGAGAGGCCCCGAACCCUGGAUACCCGCUGAGUUAUGCAGGCAUCAGAGGGGCGGCGCCGCGCCGUGCGCAGGCAGGGCGGGCUGCGGCAGCGGGCGGGCCGGGUGCGGCGGCGGACGGCGGCGGCGGCACCACCACCACCAUGUCGGAGGCGGCGGUGGCGGACACCCGGCGUCUCAACGCCAAGCCGCAGGACCUCACGGACGCGUACGGGCCGCCUAGCAACUUCCUCGAGAUCGACAUCUUCAACCCGCAGACCGUGGGCAUGGGCCGCGCCAGAUACACGAGCUACGAGCUGCGGAUGCGGACAAACCUCCCGAUCUUCAAGUUGAAAGAGUCGUGUGUGAGGAGACGGUACAGUGACUUCGAAUGGCUGAAGAAUGAGCUGGAACGGGACAGUAAGAUUGUAGUGCCACCACUGCCUGGAAAAGCUUUGAAACGACAGCUUCCCUUCCGGGGAGACGAAGGCAUCUUUGAGGAGUCCUUCAUUGAGGAGCGGAGACAGGGACUAGAACAGUUUAUUAACAAAAUUGCUGGACACCCCCUGGCACAGAAUGAGCGCUGCUUACACAUGUUCCUGCAAGAGGAGACUAUUGAUAGGAACUACGUCCCAGGGAAAGUACGCCAGUAGGAGCACCUGGCAGCGUCUUCCUCCAUUCCACCCUCCUUCCUGCAAAAAUGACAUUUAUUUUUACACUAAAUCUGUCUUCUCUGAACCAGC